AUGACUACCGUUUGUCAUUUCCUCAGAAAACAAAUUAAAACUAUCGGAACGAUUUACUCACUGUUUCAUUUUUUUUUUUAUUACAGAACCAAAUUAGCGUCAAAUGAAGUCAAACUUCCUAUGGGAAGUAGAGAUACCAUCAAUGAAAAAGAAUACAACCCGUUUGACCAUCGACAAGUUGACCAUCCGACGGCAACAUCGGGGGCUUUAAUCCAUCUAUUAAAGAGUUCCUUAGGUACCGGAAUAUUAGCGAUGCCAAAUGCUUUCAAGAACGGCGGUUUGAUUUUCGGUUUCGUUGGUACGAUAAUCGUUGGAAUAUUAUGUACACAUUGCGUUCAAUUAUUGGUUGCUGCGUCACACGAAAUUUGCAAAAGGUCCAAACAACCUGUCCUCGGAUUUUCAGAAACCGCCGGCGCUGUGUUUGAACACGGCCCGAAGAAGUUAAGAGGUUGGUCUACGACCGCAAAAUUAGUUGUAGACAUAGCACUGGUCGUUACUUACUUUAUGGGCAGCGCAGUUUACGUAGUGUUCAUAUCCACUUCAAUCAAACAGCUCGUAGAUUAUUACCAACCAGAUUUAGGUUGGGAUGCGAUUCCAUACAUGUUCCUAUUCCUUGUUCCAUUGAUAAUCUGCUGUCAAAUUCGUGAAUUAAAGUACUUGGUUCCAUUCUCUUUCCUCGCCAAUAUUUUCCUCGUUACUUCAUUCGCUAUCACACUCUACUAUAUUUUUGAUGAUAUGGAACACAUCGGCGAGGACGUCGAAUAUGUCGGCACGAUCAAUACGAUCCCUCUUUUCUUCAGUACUGUUAUUUUUGCGAUGGAAGGAAUUGGCGUCGUGAUGCCCGUUGAAAAUAACAUGAAAAAACCACAACAUUUCCUUGGUUGUCCUGGAGUUUUGUAUAGCGCUAUGACGUGCGUUGUUGCUUUAUAUACGGUUAUUGGAUUCUUUGGCUAUAUGAAAUACGGUUCAGAGACGACGGCUAGUGUUACUUAUAAUAUUCCAACUGAUCAUGUCUUAGCUCAAGUAGCAAAAGUAUUGAUUGCAGCAGCCGUAUUCUUCACAUACGCUCUUCAAUUUUACGUUCCAAUGGACAUCACAUGGCGAAAACUUUUAAGAGACCGUCUCCAACCGCGUUUCCACAAUUUGGGCCAAGUUUUAGUUAGAACUGUAGCCGUAACAUUAACCGCAGGUGUGGCAGCUGCCGUCCCCGAUUUGGAACCGAUCAUCGGCCUCGUCGGAUCGAUUUGCUUCUCAACAUUGGGUCUCUUAAUCCCGUCGAUACUCGAUAUCGUUUUGCGUUUAGAAAUCGGUUUCGGUUGGAUGAAAUGGCGGUUGUACAAAAACAUCAUUUUGAUUUUGUUUUCGAUUUUCGCUUUGGUGUCAGGUUCUUAUGCCAGUAUCUUGUCUUUAAUAAAUGAAGAAUAAUUUAUUUGUUUUUAAUAAAGUUAAAACAUUAAAAAAAUUAAUAGGUUGUAAUGUAAGAUAAUAUUUUGUU